AGAGGGAGAGAGAGAGGGGGAGAGAGAGAACUCCUGAAGCUAAUUUCUUCGAGUCCGAGUAGUAGGCAGUACAAAGUGGUACACUGACUCAAACUCGUUCUCUGUCAGAUGCACGCGCGUUUCCUAUUCUCUCCAUCUAAGGUGCAGCCUGUCUUUCUUCAUCGGACGACAAAAAAGUCUCACGACAUAUCAGAGAACAAAACAGAGGAGGAUUACCUGUGGUGGUUAAAAAAAGAAAAAAGGUUUUCUUCAUAAAAAGAAAGCAAGAAAGGAAUACCCACGGUGUUUGUGUUAGCUACCAGCAGCUGAAAGAUUGCUUCAAAACUUACCUACCAACCUACCUACCGGAGAGGCACUGCCUGCAUCCGAUAAGAGAUCUGGUUCGACAAAUACGAGGCAAGGGUGGGGGUGUGGAAAGGAGAAAAAAGAAGAUAGAAAAGAAAGGACACUGAAAAGAGACUGUGAUAACUCAGUAGGAGGAAAAGGGUCAGGAAAGUCAAAGUAGAAGUGAAUUCUGCUGUGGUGAAGUGUGAGAACAGAGAGGGAAAGCUGUAUUUGAACCGUUAAAGGCUGAACUGAGCACGUUGUGGAGGUAGAUAUUAACCUGCAUCCUAUUACUUAGUUGUGAAUACUUAACGGCUAAUUGCUACGAGGGUUUCUAUGGUAGAAGCACAAGGCGUGCAAGGCUUGGAGUAAGGAACAGUGAGCAAAGCCAGCUCGUGCGCACAGAGUAGGGAAAGCUGAGGGAUAUCUGUUCAGAGCAGAAGAUCGAGGAGGGAGUCCUGUGGAUUUUUUACGGAGCUUCGCGGUGUGAAUGUCCAUCAAGAUGUGUGUCCCGUCGCUACUGGUCCUGUUGUGCCUCUUCUGCGCUGGUGGUGCUCAGAAGUUUUCUGCGCUGACGUUCCUGCGUGUGGACCAGGACAGGGAGUGUCACAUGGACUGCAGCAGCGUCCCGCGGAAGCCCCUCUGCGCUUCGGACGGGCGGACCUUCAUGUCACGCUGCGAGUUUCUUCGCGCCAAGUGCCGUGACCCCGAGCUGGAGGUCAACCGAGGACCCUGCAAAGACACGUCCAGGUGCGUGGCUGAGAAGAAGUACACAGAGCAGCAGGCUAAGAAGCUCUUCCCACAAGUCUUCGUUCCUGUCUGCAAUCCCGACGGCACCUACAGCGAGGUGCAGUGCCACAGUUACACAGGCUACUGCUGGUGCGUCACGCCCAACGGGCGGCCCAUCAGCGGCUCCGCCGUGGCCAACAAGAAGCCGCGGUGCCAAGGGUCAAAACAGGAGAAGGUCAACCCCAAAGAGCCAGGAAAAUCAGUCUCCUUGCAAAUCUUUUCCAUUCUGAAUACAGAUGAAACUACAGGAUUAAUUGUGGAGCCUCCGCCCUCAGCAGAUGAAGAAGACAUCAUCUCCCAGUACCCCACCCUCUGGACUGAACAGGUCCGGAGCAGACAGAACAACCGAACCAGAACACAAGCCUCGUCCUGUGACCAGGAGAAGCAGUCCGCUCAGGAAGAGGCCCGCCAGCACAAGAACGAGGCGGUGUUCGUGCCCGACUGCGCCCAGGGCGGCCUCUACAAGCCCGUCCAGUGCCACCCUUCCACCGGCUACUGCUGGUGCGUGCUGGUGGACACGGGACGUCCCAUUCCAGGCACCUCCACCCGGUAUGAGCAGCCUAAAUGUGAUGGCAAUGCAAGAGCUCAUCCCACCAAGCCAAAGGACCAUUACAGAAGCCGACAUCUUCAAGGGUGUCCUGGGGCCAAGAAGACUGAGUUUCUGACGAGUGUCCUGGACGCGCUGUCGACGGACAUGGUGCACGCUGUCACCGACCCCGCGUCCGCGGCCAGGAUGCUGGAGCCUGACCCCAGCCACACGCUGGAGGAGAGGGUGGUGCACUGGUACUUCAGCCAGCUGGAUAAGAACUCCAGCGGGGACAUCGGCAAAAAAGAGAUCAAGCCGUUCAAACGCCUCCUGAGGAAGAAGUCCAAGCCCAAAAAGUGCGUCAAGAAGUUCGUGGAGUACUGCGACAUCAGCAACGACAAGGCCCUGUCCCUGCAGGAGCUGAUGGGCUGCCUGGGGGUCACCAAGGAGGACGGGCCUAAAACAGGUGAAAGCACAACUUCCAGUAAACAGAACGCUUCAAAGAAACAAGGUUAAAUGGGACUGGCCAGUGGCCACAAGACUUCCUGUAUCCCCAGAGAUUCUGCGCUCACCAAACAGCGAUGGAAACCAUAGUAUUUGCACUUUGUACUUUAAGAUGUAAAUUCACUUUGUAGAGAUGAGGUAUUUAAACAGACUGCUGGAUCUGUGAAUGACAUAGUUAGCUUUUUUAUGUCUUUAAAAAAAUAAUUAACACAUACAAUGUAUGUGUCCUUCUUGUCUAAAAGGAAUACUUUUUUCUCUGAGUUGUACAAGUUUUCAUGUAUUUGUGUGUUCAAUUUUGUUACAGUACUUGUUUUUUUAUAUUUUACGGCAGAUGUCUGGAUAGAUUGGAGAAUGUGUGAAAGGAUAACGUAGGAGCCCUCUUGUAUGUUUUCAUAUUAGCGACCUUGCCAGAGCUUUGUAUAGUAGUUCUCAGUGUGCAUAAAAUAUGACAUUUGUUCUUAAAGCUGAUUCACAUAAUUGGAAAAUAAAUAACUCUUUUUUUUUA